ACUAAACCAAUCAUUCACACUCCUCAAACUCAGAUUCCCCUAGUCCACAACAAUGACUUCUUCUAAUAAGCUCUUGUUCUCUCUCAUUCUCGUUCUUUCUUUUCUUAGCUCUCCAUCUUUUGCUGAUGACCCUCUGAACACUCCUGUCUCUUCAGGAACCAUUUGCAAGUCUACCCCAGACCCUUCUUUUUGCAAAUCUGUGCUGCCUGAUAACCACACAGCCAAUGUCUAUGACUAUGGCAGGUUUUCAGUCCAUAAAUCACUAUCCCAAUCCUACAAAUUUCUUAAAUUAGUGGACAAGUACCUUAGACACAGUUCCACUUUGUCAAGAACUGCAAUCCUUGCUCUUAAGGAUUGUCAUUCACUUGCUGAGCUGAACAUAAACUUCUUAUCAAGCUCUUUUGAUACUGUGAGUAACACUAAUGACACUCUAUCCAGCUCCAAAGCUGAGGACAUCCAAACCUUGCUUAGUGCCAUUUUAACCAACCAAGAUACUUGCUUGGAUGGCCUUAAAGCCACAGCUUCAGCUUGGAGUGUGAAAAAAGGUCUCUCAGUCCCACUCUCUAAUGACACUAAAUUGUACAGUGUCUCUUUAGCUCUUUUUACCCAAGGUUGGGUUCCAAGAAAGAAGAAUGGGAAAACAUGGCACCCAAAGAAGAAGCAUAUCAAUAAGUCAGUGAUUUAUGAGUCAAUGAGUCGGAGAAAACUCAUUCAGAUAGGUAAGGAUGAAGAGGUUUUGGUAAGAGAAAUGGUGGUUGUGAACAAAAAUGGAGAAGGGAAUUUCACCACCAUCAAUGAUGCCAUUAAUGCGGCACCAAAUAACUCUGCUGCUAGUGAUGGAUACUUCUUGAUUUAUGUCACUGCUGGUGUUUACCAGGAGUACUUGUCAAUUGCAACCAACAAGCCUUAUUUGUUGAUGAUUGGAGAUGGUAUUAAUCAAACAAUAAUCACAGGCAACCGAAGCGUGGUAGAUGGGUGGACAACUAUGAGCACUGCAACUUUCACCGUGAGAGGACAGGGGUUUAUGGCAAUGAACAUGACUUUCCGAAAUACAGCAGGAGCAAUCAAGCAGCAAGCCGUUGCUGUACUAAACAUGGCUGAUUUGUCCACAUUUUUUAGCUGCAGCAUUGAAGCGUACCAAGACACCUUAUUUGCACAUUCACUAAGGCAAUUCUAUAGAGAUUGUGAUAUCUAUGGGACAGUAGAUUUCAUAUUUGGAAACGCUGCUGCUGUUUUCCAAAACAACAUCUUCUAUGCCCGGUUGCCAAUGAAAGGACAAUUCAAUCCCAUUACUGCUCAAGGCCGAACAGACCCGAAUCAAAACACGGGUAUUUCAAUCCAUAAUUGUACAAUUAGAGCUGCAUAUGAUUUGGCUUCAAGCAAUUUCCCAGUGAAGACAUAUCUAGGGAGGCCAUGGAAGCAGUAUUCUAGGACAGUUUAUGUGCAAUCUUUCAUGGAUAGUUUGGUAGAACCUGCUGGUUGGCAUGAUUGGAAUGGAGAUUUUGGGCUAGACACGUUAUAUUAUGCCGAGUAUAAUAACAGAGGCCCUGGUUCCGACACUACAACAAGAGUUACAUGGCCUGGUUACCAUGUGAUUAAUGCUACAGAUGCUGCUAAUUUUACUGUUUCCAACUUCUUGCUUGGGGAUCAUUGGUUGCCUCAAACUGGAGUGCCUUACAAUGGUGGCUUAAUAUGAGCAACGCUUUGGAUAUAGCUAGUUUCAUGUCAUUUACUUAGUGUGUUACAAUGUUUGUUAUGCCCAAUCUUUCCUACACAAAGUUGGUAAUGUAUUUUGGGAAGUAUUCAUAGCAAAACCACACGUGUCAGUAUAUAAAACCAUGAUCUUCCUCCAUCAAAAAAAAAAAAAUAUGAUCUUUCUUUUUA